AAAGAGCUAGAAAAUAUUAAAUUCUUGGAUGAAGAUGCAUACAACUACCUUCAUGCAAUCCCAUCCAACCACUGGUCUAGGCACUCUUUUACCACAACAGCAAAAUCAAACAUGUUAACUAACAACAUGUGUGAAACUAUGAAUGCUGUGAUAAAAGAGGCUAGGGAUAAACCAGUACUUACUUGUUUGGAGUGGAUUAGGAGGUACAUUAUGAAGAGGCAUGCUGAUAAAUGGGAGGGGACUGAGAGUUACACUGGCAGAUUUAUGCCAUAUGUAGGGAAGGUUUUGAAUUGGAUCAAGGAAGGGGCAAAACAUUGUAUGCCAGUGCAUUCUAGGUUAGAUCAUUGGGAGGUUGACACUGUUGAUGAUAGGUUCAUAGUCAGCUUAGGGGAUAGAUAUUGUAGCUGCAAUCAUUGGAUGUUGACUGGGAUCCCAUGUGCUCAUGCUUGGGCAUGUAUAGUGGCAAAGAAAGAGAGUCCAGAAGAUUAUGUGGAUGAGUGUUACUCUAGGGAAAAGUACAUUAAGGCAUAUGAAGCACACAUCAAACCUAUGCCUGGUGCUAAACACUGGGAUCCUUGCAAUUAUCCAGAGCCUCUACCUCCUAUCAUAAGAAGAAUGCCUGGUAGGCCAAGCUUGAAGAAAAGGAAGAAGGAGGCAGAUGAGGAGGAGGGGGGAAGGAAGAAACAAAAACAAAGGUGCUCCAACUGUGGGAUAUCUGGUCACAACAAAAAGAAGUGCAAAAAUCCUACUGUCACUAAACCUCCACCCAAAAAAGGAGGCAGACCCCAAUCAAAUGACCCUUGGGUGGUGGCAACCAGAAAGAAAAGAGAAGCUAGGGCACAUCAGAUGAAUUAUGUUGCUCCUUCUGUGAAUGAGGCUGAAUCUGUGUCACAAAACCACUCCUGUCCUCCUCCACUAUCAAGUCAAGCAUCAAGCAGUCAAGGUACAACCACCAAGCAGCCAAGCAAGGGCCCUGCAAUAUCUCUGUCUCAGUCCUCUAAGGCAGCACCAAGACCCAAGUUGCCAACUAAGUCACUGAAGAAGACAGCUUAAAAUUGUGGACAAUUAAUCUUGUAAUAGUGUUUUAGACUAGUGAGAAACAUUAAGUUCAUGUUAUGUAACUCAUUUAUCCUUUAUGUUA